AUACGCUCAUCUCACAUGAAUGUACACAUAUUCGUGAUAGACCUACACUAAAAGAUGCUGAGCGAUUUCGAACUGGGUCUAUGAUUCAUGAAUACAAACAUACCUUCGGGUACAAAAAAUGCAAAUAUACCUUCGGGUACCUACCAAAAUCUUACCAAAAAUCUUACCAAAAACCUUACCAAAAACCUUACCAAAAGUCUUGCACAAAACGUGAUCAGAAAUGUGAUAUAAAUACUAUAACAAUGACGAAUAAAACGCAGACAAACUCGCAAACAAACGUAAACUCUGGACAAAGUUGCCUUGCCGUGAACAAACACGUGGUUAUACUUGCAGAUAUUUUCUACUUGUCAGGUUUUACUCGUGAUAUACAUGCAAAACAGGAAUACAAAAAUUCUAAUCACUUAAAGAGUGUCAGCCAGUCUGCAUUAUAUACUGAUAUUGAGACAAAUCCUGGUCCUGUUUUUAUUGAUCCUGGCAAGACAAUAUGUGCCCCAUAUAGCCAAG